AUGUCGACCGAAGCCCUCCCAUCGGUUAUCGGGCGAAUGCUCGCAAUGCUCGAGCCUGCCCAUAUCAUGACUUGGGCGAUGUCGCACUACAUCCGAGUCUGCGCCGAAGCUGUCUUCCAAAAUGGCCUGCUCUUUGCCCCAAUUACCCAGACCCGGAGACUCCGCGAUGAAGCAUUCGGAAGAUUCUGGAUCGAGUUCACGACACCCCGCCAAAUGAGCUCCGACCCAAACAACCAAGAAAUCCCCGAGCCAGUCGGCUCCUCAGCUCUAAUCCCCCCAAUCCUCCGCACAGCCUCAGGGAUAGUCCUCGACAUCGGUCCAGGCACAGGCACACAGAUGCCACUACUCACCUCACCAGCCAUAACAGCCCUAUACGGCGCCGAGCCAUGCAAAAGCCUCCACUCCACGAUCCGCACAAAGGCAAUUGCAGAGAACAUCUCACCGAAAUACCACAUCGUGUCGACAGGCGUAGCAGCUCACGAACUGAUCCCCGCAUUGCGGGAGACGGGCACAGGCGUCGUGGAUGCGUACGAUACCGACGCGCGCGCGGGCAUCUUCGAUACGAUCCUGUGCGUGCGGGUUCUGUGCUCGGUUCCCGAGAUGGAGCGUACGGUGGGUGAGUUGUAUGGGAUGCUUAGGCCUGGUGGGCGGUUGCUUGUUACGGAGCAUGUUGUUAACCCUUGGCGGCGGGCGAAGGGGUCGAUUGUUGGCCGGGUUGUGCAGGGUAUCUAUCAGGUUCUUGGGUGGAGUUGGUUUAUUGGGGAUUGUUGUUUGGAUAGGGAUACCGAGGCGGUUUUGAGGGCUGCAGCUGAUGUGGAUGGCGGGUGGGAGAGUGUUGAGUUGGAGAGGAGUUUUGAGUGGUCGGCUAUGCCUUAUAUUUCUGGGGUUUUGGUUAAGAAGGGAGUUUAG